GUUUCAUACUACCACCUCCUUCUCCCGCUUCCAUAUAUUUCUUUAUUCUUUCCAUCGUUUUGGGAAACCCCAAACUCUAAUGCAAUAUGGCACAUUUCCUGCGAGGAAAGCAAGCCGGAAUACAGAAGGACUUUUCCGAGGGGCUGUCGCCAGAUCUGUUCGCGAUCGAUGAUUUCGCACGAUACGGUAUCAAUUCCCAGGUCAGCGUUAUCGCAUACGAUCCGGUUCAGUCUCUCCUGGCGGUGGGCACAAGUGACACCCAGUUUGGAUGCGGCCAAAUUUAUGUCUUCGGUCAACGACGAGUAACUGCCAUCUUCAACUUGCCUCGAAAGGCGUCCGCCAAAUUCCUCCAAUUUUGCGCCGACAAGCUUAUCAGCGUCGACUCCAAGAGUGAAAUAUCUGUCUUCUCGCUCGACACCAAACAGACGCUUGUCUCUCAUACCCCGCCGAACCAUGUCAGUGCAUUGUUGACCGAUCCGAGCCUCGACUAUGCGUUCAUUGGUCUGCAAAACGGGGAUAUCAUUGCCUAUGACCUGGACCGCGAAUCCCUCACGCCGUUCAGGGUCUCGAACCUCUGGGUCCAGCGCAAUCCUCGGGCGCGCUUCUGUCCAGUGGUUUCGCUCGCAUUUUCGCCUCGCGACAUUGGCAAGGUCUUGGUGGGAUAUCCGGACGGAGCCGUCGUGUUUUCGUUCAAGCAAAACAUCGCGCAGCACUACUUCGAGUAUGAGGUACCUCCUGGCGCUCUGGGGGGCAACUCCAAUGUCCCGUUACACGAUCUGCACAAACCUCGAUUAACCAGGGCGCUGUGGCACCCAAAUGGGGUCUUCAUAUUAACGGUGCACGACGACAACAGUCUGGUCUUUUGGGACUCAAAAGACGGCCGCAAGUUGAUGGCUAGGUCGAUACAGACGGCGGACGUUGAUCAGCCAGGUGUCCAACCUCAGACCGGAGGGGCUGCGACCGGUUUGAUCAAUCCCAUCACGCAAAUUGCGUGGUGUGUAAAGGCCAACGGUGAUGAUAGUGGUCUGUUGAUAGCUGGUGGUCGACCAAAGGCAGAGUCCAACAAAGGGCUUACCUUCAUUGAUUUGGGGUCAAGCCCGAACUAUCAGACCUCUUCUUGGGCCAUGAUCACCAAAUAUUUUGCGGAACCGCAGGGAAUUACCAAUCUUCCCACCCCUCCUGGUGCGGAGGUUGCAGACUUCUGUCUCCUUCCCCGCGCCUCGCCUUAUUAUGCCGGCGCCCACGAUCCGAUUGCCCUUAUGACCAUCCUCUCCUCAGGCGAGCUGAUCACCAUGAGUUUCCCGAGUGGCCAUCCCAUCACUCCGACUAACAUGAUCCACCCGUCUCUCACUUUUGUUCAUCCGUUUGUGAACAAGAUCAAAUUAACUGCAGUGGAGCGCGGAGCUUGGCUUGGUCUCAAGGAGAGGCGAUCGCAGGGGCCCAAGUUCCUCCAGGGUGGCGCCGAAGCAAGAAGGGCGCUCAAGCGAUUUGAAAAUCGGAAUGUCAUUACCACCGCCCAUGGAGACGGGACUGUCCGCCUGUGGGACGUGGGACACGACGAUGAGGUCGAAAAUGGGGACGUCAUCCAAGUGGACUUGGCGCGGGCUGUGGGCCGAGUCGGCAAUGUUGAAGUUUCAGAGAUUUCCCUGAGUGGCUCGACUGGCGAAAUAUCUAUUGGCCUCAAAUCCGGAGAAUUCGUGAUCUUCAGAUGGGGCAACAACCCGAGCUUCGGCCGCGAAGAGCCUCCGGGUGCCAACCAGGGACCAGGGAUGCUAACCAAAGUCACCCAUAGGACUGAUCCUGUGUUGAGGGCGGGCUUCCUCCCACUGACACUGCUGGACAUGCAGCAGGGACCAGUGACUGCCUUGAAGCAUAGCCAAGUUGGUUUUGUCGCAGCUGGCUUCCAAAACGGUGGCAUUGUCAUCAUCGAUCUCCGUGGCCCGGCCAUUAUCCACACGGCCCAUUUAUCUGAACUGACCAAGGCCAACAAACGGGGUAGCUUCCUCGGAAAGCAUCGUGCCUCGGAAGCGCCGGUGCCGGAGUGGCCUACAAGCAUUGAAUUUGGCGUAUUGACGUUAGAAGGUGACGACUACUCGAGCAUUUGCUGCUUUGUGGGAACUAGUAAGGGACACCUUGCAACUUUUAAAAUAAUCCCCGCGAGCAAUGGGGCCUACGAGGCCCAAUUCGCUGGUGCUUUGCUGCUAGACGACAAAGUCAUCAAGAUCUCGCCCGUCAAUGCCGACACUGGUAACCCUGCCUUGGCGACACCGAACGCCGUCGGAGGCUUGAGGAACGGUACUAGAGUCAACGGCGUUGUCAUCGCAGUGACCGUCUCCGGAUGUAGGAUCUUCAAGCCAGCCACCUCGAAGGGUGCUCAUAAAAGCUGGGAUGACUUUUUGUGUGACUCCGCCGAAGUCGUCCAUGUCGAAGGCCGAGGCCAUACUUUGAUUGGACUUUUCGGCGAUGGUCAUGUUCGCGCGUUCUCAAUCCCUGGACUCAAAGAAGUUGGCUGCAGUCCCAUUGGACACAUGGCUGAGAUGAGACGCCUUUCGGAUGCUACCAUUUGCUCGAACGGGACCGUUCUUCUCUGGACGGGGCCCUCUCAAGUGGGACUAUUCAACGUUUGGUCAUCCGGACCAGGAGUGCGGCCUUCGGAAGACCGACUUUUCAACGCAGAAGCCCAACUCCCCCCACGACCAACUAUCAGCAACAUCCAAUGGAUAUCCGGCACGCAAUACGUAUCUCCAGCCGACAUGGACAUUCUCAUCGGAGGCCCCGACCGACCAUUAUCCAAAAAGAUGCAAGAACAAGUGCGCCUCGACGACCAAGAACGCCGAAGACUCGACCGGGAAAACCGAACUCCGACCAAUAUGUCGAGCCAGUCUCAAAGCAGCCAGGAAGGAUACUGGUCGUACAUGCAACGCCAGGUGCAAGAGCGUACCGAGAAGCUCAGUAUGGCCGGCGACCAGAUGGAUCGUCUAGAGGAAAACAGCAGCGGCUGGGCUCGGGAUGUCAACAAGUAUGUUCAGAAUCAGAAGAAGAAGGCUGUUUUGGGUGCGUUGGGGGCGAAGUUUGGUCUUUGAAGGAUGAACGUUUUACAAAGGGAAUUGACAGACAGACUGUGGAAGGAGAAUUUAUUCUUAAUUACAUACCCCGAUAUCUUUAUACAUUUUAUAAAACUGUGUUUUGGGUGCUUGUUAUACUUAUUUCAUACGUGAUUCUGCGUGGUAAUGGGCGGAGCUCUUUGUUGGUUUUUUUUUUUUUUUUUUU